AUGCCGGCGUUUCGAGGGAAGCAAAUCGCGGAUCACCUGUACGCGCCGAACGGGGCGAGCGCGCGGUCGGUGGACGAUUUUACGACGCUGUCGAAAAAGCUGCGCGAGGAGCUGAAGAGCGCGAAUGUGCGCGUCGGGCGGUCGAGGCGACAUCACGUCGCGGCGGCGAGCGAUGGGACGGCGAAGUUGUUGCUUCGAUUGGAUGACGAUAGAGUCGUCGAGACGGUGGGUAUUCCCGCCACGGAGAACGGAAAGAAUAGGCUCACGGCGUGCGUGUCGAGUCAGGUCGGUUGUCCGAUGCGCUGCACGUUCUGCGCGACUGGCAAAGGUGGAUUCGCCCGUAAUUUGGCCCCGCACGAGAUCGUAGAUCAAGUAUUGGCGCUCGAGGAGUACUUCGGUCAGCGCGUGAGCAACGUCGUCUUCAUGGGCAUGGGAGAACCGCUGCUGAACGUGCCCAACGUUCUCAAGGCGCACGAGGCGUUGAACAAGGAGAUUGGAAUCGGUGCGAGGCACAUCACGAUUUCCACAGUUGGCGUCAGAGGGUCGAUCGAAAAGCUCGCGCACGCGCAACUGCAAUCCGUGCUCGCGGUCAGUUUGCACGCGCCGAAUCAAGAGUUGCGAGAAACCAUCAUCCCGAGCGCCAAGGUGUACCCGAUGGAAGACUUGCUGCAAGACUGCGAACAGUACUUCGUCGCCACCGGUCGACGCGUGACGUUUGAGUACACGCUGCUCGGAGGAAUAAACGAUCAACCAGAGCACGCGAAGGAACUCGGCCGAUUGCUGUACGCUCGCAACCUGGCGUCGCACGUCAACUUGAUUCCGUACAACCCCGUGGAUGAUUCCGACUACCAGCGCCCGAGUCGGGCGACGGUGUACGCUUUCCGCGACAUUCUUGAAGGUCUCAACGUCCCAGCUUCGAUUCGCCAAACCAGAGGUCUCGAGGCGGCGGCGGCGUGCGGACAGCUGCGUAACGCGUUCCAAAAGAACGCCAUCGUCGGCGACUUGGCGCCGGCGACGACGUGA